GUAAAACACUUCAGUCACAUAGAGACGAUCACAGUGUAAAGAUUCUGACGUGAUUUCUUUUUUUUUCUUCAAUCCGUGGCUUGGAAUUAGAAAAUCACAUUCAUUUUUCUUCCUUUUACACCCCAAUUGGACUUUUCUUUUGAACUUUCCUUCUGAGUGAAUAUCUUGAGAGUUUGUGAAAAAGUUUGGAAAUUGAGAAAGUAUUAAUAUUUUGUGGUGCUAGAAAUGUAAAAAAAUUUCAUGUAGAAAGCAUGUUUAUGUGUUUUAAAAUUCAUUAAGUGGGAUUAUAUUAGCACAAGUUAAAAUUUUCUUCUGUGAAUUAAUGUAAAAAUAAAAUUAAAAGGUGCCAAUUAAACUUGAAGCUUCAACAACAUCGAGGGACAAGUGAAAACCACCAUACAUUAUUUGUUUCACAUGCAUUAUGAAACAGAGGCCAUCGUGAAUGUGUUUUCGUACAAAAUAUUGUCUGCUAAUUCUUCUAGUGAAACAAGUUGAAUGUUUGAAUUAAGAUUUUUUUGUUAAAAGUUUUUUUUGGUGGAAAAAUUUUCAAUGUUUGUGAAAGAAAAUCAGUGUUGAGAAGAGCUUGAAAAUUUUCAAGAAAUGUGGCUUGAGUUGUGAUUUUUCUUCCAGAGAAAAAAUAAACGUUAUUUCGAAAUAUUUUACGUGAAUUGUAAAGUAUUUUUUUGGAAAAAGGAUUUACACGUUUUUCAUCAAAUAGUGUGUGGGUGAUAAAGGAAGAACACGCGUUUGUGGAUUUUUUUGUCAUACCUAAUGUGAGCUUACAAGCAAGCUAAAUUAAAUCCUUCAACGUGUGCGACAGGAGUUGAAAUGGCGAUUAAUUCAGCAUCAAAAUCAAUAUUCAACAAACUCUGGAUAUUGCUGAGUUUAUUGCUGUUCACACUGAUAUUGGAUAUAAGAAAAGUACAUGGACACGUUGCUUUAACAUUUCCACCAGCAAGAAAGUAUGAUUUGGAUUUUUUGGAUAACUCCAGGACAAAAGGACCAUGCGGAAUGCCAAAAGGAGAUCUAAGGACAUCUCUUUUGUCUGGUUCAUCUUUCAAUGUGACAUGGCAUCUUGCAUAUCCUCAUCGAGGUGGAUUUCAAAUUCAAUUACUUGAUGAAUUGGAACGACCUGUAUUGGAUUUAACGCCAUCAGUGAAUGGAUCGAAAUUCGUCUCAACGGAUGCUACAACGCAGCAAUAUCAAGUUCGUCUUCCAUCUGACUAUGUGUGUCAGAAUUGCUCAAUUAGACUCCUGCGACAAGCAAAUGAGUGGGUGGAUUGGUAUCGAUUUUGGUCUUGUGCAGACGUUGAUAUUGUCCAGCGGAAGGAUUACAAGGAAACAUGCUCAGGGCAUGGAAAAUACUUCCCAGGAAGAUGCAAAUGUGACAAAUACUACUAUGGAGAUAGGUGCCAGUAUAGGGAUGAGUGUGUCACAGAUCAAGAUUGUGGGGCACAUGGAAAAUGUAUAAAUUUAGAUGGAACAUCCUUGCCAAGGAAGCAAUGCUACUGCAACUUUGGUUGGUUUGGUCCUGGAUGUAAUAAGAAAUCUCCAAUUAAAUCUCUAGACGAUCUCGAUUAUUCUUUGUACCAAACUAAAGAAUUGUCUGAAGAUUUUCGCAUUUAUUGGCGUGUGCUGAAAGAACAAAAAGAACUUGAAGUUAUUAUGAAGGUCAAUGGCACAUCAUGGGUAGGUCUUGGUUGGCGACCACGAGAUCUAACAGCUGAAUGCAGAAACUUCCCAAGAAUACGUGAUCUAUGGGAUAAAGACAAUGAUGAUGUACAAUCCACCAUACCUAAGAGUGAAAGUGAACCAACAAGUGAACCCGAACCAAGUGGAGAGAAAAUUAGCGAAGCUGAACCAAGUAGUGAACCCGAAUCAGAACCAAAGAGUGAACCAGAACCACAAUUGAAGACACCAUCGGUUGUAUCAUCCAAAUCUAAGAGAGUAGCAACGAAUGAAGAGACCACCAAUAAAGAAGGGAUAACCCUGUCCACUAGUGUAUCGUAUCGGGUUAGUUCUAAGGCAGGAAGAAGACGAAGAUCAGCUCAGAAUACAAAUCCAACACCAGAGCCAAUAGCAAAGUCUCAAGUAAAUUCUGAAACAGGAACAUCGACACCUGAACCCGAACCAGAAAGCUCCGCGGAACCUGAACCAGAAAGCGCUUCAGCAGAACCUGAACCAGAAAGCGCUUCCGCGGAACCUGAACCAGAAAGCGCUUCUGCGGAACCUGAACCAGAAAGCGCUUCUGCGGAACCUGAACCAGAAAGUUCAGCGGAACCUGAACCAGAAAGCGCUUCUGCGGAACCUGAACCCGAAAGCGCUUCAGUGGAACCUGAACCAGAAAGUGCAUCAGCAGAACCUGAGCCUAGAAGUGAAUCUGAGCCAAAGAGUGAGCCUGAAGCGGAAAGUGAACCCAAAAGUACACCUGAACCAGAAAUCAGUGCACCCCAAUCUGAACCGAAUAGUAAAUCAGAACCUAUUUCACGGCCAGGGUCGGUAUCUCUAGGAUUGGGUGCUGGUAAUUCAAAGCAAAACGCCAAAGGAAAGCCGAAACUAAAUAAAUGGACCCCAACACAAGAUUUCAAGGGAAUGGAUUGCACGGAUAUUAUUAUUGGAAGUGUCCGUGGCAAUGCAAGUAGAAUUUUGGAUUAUUACACCCGUGAUCGCUCAACACCGCGAACUGAUGAUUUUUGGGGUGGAAAAUUCGAUUUAACUGCUGCUACAGGGCUAGAGCGCGAUGGUGUAACAACGAUUGCAUUUAGAAGAAAAUUGGAGGCACACGAACCAAGCGAUCAUGCCAUUGUAGAUGAUUUUAUGAGUGUAAUUUGGGCACGUGGGCAGGAACCUGGACGCUACGUGCACAGCCCGUUGUCUGGUUUGGAAACCGAAAUGGCAUCUGUACCCGAAUUCUACAAGCAGGAUGAACUUAAAUACCACGGUGGUAAAAUGCAGCGUGGCUUGGCAUCCAUAAAUUUCCUUUCUAUGCCCAAGAAGGAGCAAUCAGCGAAAAAAUCCUCACAGCUCUUGGAUAAUGAUUGUUGGGGGCACUGGCGCUAUCCCUAUAAUUGCUCCCCGGAAAAUAACACGUGUGAAUAUUAUGCACGUUGGGAGACAAUUGGUCGUGGGGAUGAGAUGAGAUUUCACAUUGAGACUAGUCACACUGAUACGUGGACCGGUAUUGGAUUCAGUGAGGAUGAUAAAAUGCCCCAAACCGAUGCAAUCAUUGGAUGGGUAGAUAAGGCUGGUAGACCAUUUUUGAUGGAUAUGUGGAUUGUGGGAAAACAGAGCCCUAUUUUGGAUUCACCGCCACAUCGUCAAGAUAUUUACAACACAUCUGGUCGCAUACAGAAUGGUGUAACAAUACUUGAAUUUACGAGAAAACGAAUAAGCGACGAUACACACGAUUUGUCAUUCACGGACACCCAUUGUUUGUACUUAAUGUUCCCCAUAGUUGGUGGUAGCUUCAAUGCAGUCAACAAGAAGAUUCGGCGACAUGAGCAAACGCCCAUUGUCACAGAUACGAGAGUUUGCAUCAAAUCAUGUGGAAAGGAGCUUGAAAAUUUGUAUAAUGUCUCACCAACAAGUGCUCCAGAUCGUCUUGUCUAUGCUGUUGGUAUUAAAUUGGAAAAUCUAGCUGAAUCCUUUGAGGCACCACAGAAAGGAAGUCCCGAAUUUGAUAAUCUUGCAAAUACCAUAAGGACAUCUUUUAAUAGUAUACUAGAGGAAAUUCCAGGUUACUACAUGACCGAUGUUAAGGAGUUUGAAAAGACAAGUGAGAGUGUCGUAGCAAAGAUGAAUGUACUAUUCAAUAAAGCUGCGUAUGAGAAAGGAAGAACAUUGAUUCCCGAAAUUAAGAAUAAUGAUUUAACUGAAUCAGAAGAUGAGAUGCGAGAAGGAAAGAUAGUCAAACGCGCCAUAUCCGAUAGUUUAGCAACAGGAAAAAUAGGAUCACUCUCAGUUGAUCCAAAUUAUCUUGAUUUUGAACCGAUUGAAUACAUUACUAAUCGUGAGGACGAAAAAGGAUCAUCGUUCUUUCAGCUUUCAGAAACACGACUUUACACAGUCUUGGGAUGUAUUUUGGCUCUUAUUAUUGUUGCCCUUCUACAAGUCACAUGCACAAUUUACAAAACAUCACGGAAGAAGCACAAUCAAAAGGAUCAAUUAAUUCCCAAUUCUGCAUGGAAGGAUUAUUCGUCCAAUACAAAUUAUGCCUUUGAUGCUUUUGGGGAGCCAGAGGAGAAGAAUGGCAAAUCAAGGAGUCGUACAUCGAGUAGCCAGCAAACACUACCUAUGUCUCACUCACCUGGGAAGACACAAUAUUACGACAAUACGCGCAAUGGAACAAACUCAAGACCACAAAAUGGUGUGGGAGGAAAUGAGUCGCGGCAUCAAAAUGGUCGGGAGAGUUCAAUGGACAGUGGACGAGGGUACCAUGUAGAUGAUCAUCAGUCAUACCCACCACGUCCAAAUCAAUACACCGACCGGACGUAUUCCCUCCCAAGGACAGCAAUUCAGCAGCAACAGCAUUUAUCUGGCUACUACACGCAGGACAGGCGAAGCCGCCAACCCCACUAUCAACAAUCAAUGUCCAGCAAUGUUGACACACCCGAUUUCUAUUUUAUGCCAUCCCAAAGGAAGUAUUCCGGUGAGGUAGUACGAGUCUACGUUGACUACAAUAAGGAACCCAAGAAUUAAAUUUUUCUCAAUUGGAGAAAUUCAAUUUCUCCCUUUUUUCUGAGAGUGUAACGUGCAAAAAAGAGACCCAAGAGAUUUAUAAAAAUUAAAUAGAUUAAUUAAUGAAAGAGAUCUGAAGGUCAUCUCUUGAAUCCUUUUCUUUUGCAGUGUAAUGGGGAGCUCUGUAGAUUUCAUAUAUAUUCCUUGACAUACUCAUUGAUAAGGUCAGUUUUUAAUUAAUCGCAGCAUAAAUAAAAUCAAGAAUGAAUUUUAUUUAACAACAAAAAAGUCAAUUGGUAGCAAUCAUAAAGGUAUUUUCUUACUCUAUAACUUUCUAAAUUCACGACGAAUUAACCAAUUUUACUUAGAAGACCGUGUAUAGUAGGAUAAGAAUUUCUUUUGUCUUAUACAACGUUUUUUAUCAACAUUUUUGACGAAAUUUGUUCCCUUUGAUUUCUUUUUCCUUUAACGUAUUUUUAGGUAAAUAAUUUUAAUAGUUAUAGGGUUAGUACUUUGCUAUCAAGAGAAUCCUUGAAAUUUCAAAGAUUUCUUGAUCGCAAAAUGGGACCCAAUAUAUAUAUAUAGUUUUUAAAAAUUAGAAAAUUGUUAACAACUUUUCCAGAAGUUUAUUUCCUUCUUCCGGAAGCGUUAAACACAACCGUUUCCAGAGAGUUUUAAAACUUUUGUUCUCCCUUUUUCCUGACGCCCCCGGAAGUAGGAGAUAACCUCCUCGGAAUGUUGACUAAAAAACUUAUUUUCAAUUCAAUAUUGUAAGUAAGGGUAAUACUUUUAAUCCUUUCGCGACUACAUUAAAGCUACGCAUGUUUCAUGGCCCACCACGAAACGAGAAAAAAGAGCGUCCUUCGCAUAGACAGGACGCUGAAUUUAUAAAGGAUUCUCAACCGUCAAUUUCUGGGAUUAGACUUACUUGUCUUACAUCUUGGAUUCUGUUCUAUCAAGGGUAUCCAACAAAUUUUCAUUUGAAAAUUCACUGAAUUACCAUAAAGGAGGAUUGUCUCUAGCACUUUGUACAAGUUUCACAUUUAUUAGACAAUUGAUUACCCAAAAAAAGGAAAAAUCACCACAUCGUGAAUUUGCGUCCUUUCAAUUCAACGACUUCUUUGAAAAUUUCCUUUUUAACCCGUUCGCGUCCGUAAGAAACAUUGAAACAUGCGAAUUUUUAUCGCGGUAUGUAUUUAUGCUUUAAGAGGGCAUUUCAGCGUUAAAACGGCUUCUUUGGCCACUUUUUACGAAAACUUAACGUGGUAACUUUAAAAGAUAAUAAUUAAAUUCAUUUUAUCUCGAAGAAAUAAAAUGUUUCAUGUUUGGGUUAGCAUAUGACCCAAUGGACGUGAAAGGGUUGAAAUUCACCUAUUGAAAUCUUAAAAAUUUCCUCAUUCCAAAAAAGAAUCCUAGACAACUUAAUUUUAAUAAAAGUUUUAUGAGUUUUGAAGUAGACUUUGGCUAUCAGGAAAAACUGCAAAAAUCUCAUAAUGUAGAACGAAAAAUGAUUAACACUGGAGGACAAAACUGGUAAUUGCUGCCAAUUUGACUUUUAUAAACCGCCAUAGAUUGAAAUCUAUCCAAUCUUUCUUGAUAAAUUCUAUAUCUAUGUGUAGGCGACCUCGAAUACUAGAAGUACUUAAAAAGAAAAUCUGGAAAAACGUUUUCUUUAUAAUAGAAAAUUAACCUCAAUGUUUGAGGUUUGAAACUCGUGUCCUCCAUCCAAGUGUUAAAAAUCUAAUUCUUUAGCUUGAGCUUUGUGCGAUAGAACAUAACGGUCGCGAAAGGGUUAAAAUUGCCUUUAAGACUCAUCUAUUGUAAAUACAUAAAUCCCUUAUUGCAUUCCACAAUGUACUACCAAUUAAUGUUGUAUAUAUACCUACUUGUAUACCUACCUACUACUUACCCCUCAAUAGUUGUAUAAAAAAAAAGUGGAAACUCUUGUACAUAACUGAUGGAGGAGGAGUGUACGAAAUGGAGGUUGAUAGACAAAUAAAAGUGAAGAAAAUAAAAGAAAAAUGUUUAAUUUC